AUGCUUGCACCAUUGACAAAAAGAGUCUUGUUACAGCAAUAUCUUUAUACGUGUCGUUAUGGAUUUACUUAUAGGUUAGUCGAUUUAUCGAUUUCAUAAUAUACAACGCGUUACGCAAUCUUAUCUAUUCAAACUUAGUUGAUAUUAACCUAAAAGAAAUGUUGCAAAUUCGGAAAAACAGACUGGUGCAUACUACGCGCAAUUUUCAAACUACAAUAUGAAUUAAAUAAAAUCACGCGUACAAUUACUUUCAGCACAGAGUCAUGCGGAACGUUCGACUUAGUUGUCGUUGGAGGCGGUAUCGUUGGAUGCGCCACUGCCCGGGAAAUGUUAAUAAGACAUCCUAAUUUAAAGAUGGCGAUCGUUGAAAAGGAAAAUGAUUUAGCGAAGCAUCAAACCUCGCACAACAGCGGCGUAGUACACGCUGGCAUUUAUUACAAACCCGGCAGUAUGAAAGCAAAACUAUGUGUGGAAGGUUUAAAGCUAAGCUACGAAUAUUUCUGCAAACAUGAUAUACCUCACAACAAAGUUGGGAAACUCAUAGUAGCUCAGAAUAAGGAGCAAGUUAAAAAAUUGGACGAUUUGUACGAUCGGGGAGUAAAAAAUAAUGUACCGGAUCUCCAAAUAGUCGAGAAAGAUUGUAUAUCGAAAUACGAAGCUAAAUGUCAAGGAGAAAAAGCAUUAUGGUCACCGUGGACAGGUAUAGUUGAUUGGGCACUGGUUUGUAAACAUUUUGCCGAAGAAUUUCAAAAAAUGGGUGGAAAAAUAUAUUUAAAUUAUGAAGUUAUUGGUUUCUCGGAGAUGGCAGAAUCUAAAGAUAAGGCAGAGUUAUCUCCGAUUUUAGUACAAUCGAAAGAUAGAUGUAUGCCGACAAAAUAUGUGUUAACGUGUGGUGGUUUGCAUUCGGAUCGUCUCGCAGUAAUGACAGGAUGCGAUCUUAGUCCACGAAUCGUUCCAUUUCGAGGCGAAUACUUGUUGUUAAAUGAGAGCAAAAGGCAUUUAUGCACCACCAAUAUAUAUCCUGUUCCAGAUCCUAGAUUUCCAUUUUUAGGUGUUCAUUUUACUCCUAGAAUGAACAACGAUAUAUGGCUCGGUCCAAAUGCAGUUUUAGCUUUUGCCAGAGAGGGCUACCGGUGGCGUGACAUAAAUAUAAGAGACUGUAUAGAAAUGGCAAAAUUUCCUGGAUUGUACAAACUCUGUUUUCGAUACUUUAUACCUGGAUGUAAAGAAAUGAUUAAAUCAAUUUUUUAUCCACUCGUAGUCAGAGAUUUGCAAAAAUUCAUUCCCGAAAUAUCUGUUAAAGAUAUAAAAAGAGGACCAGCGGGUGUUAGAGCACAAGCAUUGGACAAUAAUGGUAAUUUAGUAGACGAUUUUGUAUUUGAUGGAGGAAAAGGUAGCAUUGGUAGUAGAAUAUUACAUUGUCGCAAUGCACCUUCUCCUGCUGCAACCAGUUCUAUGGCAAUUGCUAAAUUCAUUGCCGAUAAAUUGGAAACUGAUUUCAAGAUUUAA